AUGAAAAAUGAAGAAAAAACAAAAAAAAUAUAUAAUAAAGUGGAUAUAAUUAGUACUAAGAAUGUUUUUAUUAUUGGGCAAGUUAUUCGCAUUUUCUUAUUAAUAUAUGGACAUUGGCAUGAUUCAAAAUCGGCGUUUAAGUAUACAGACGUGGAUUACAUGGUUUUUACAGGAGCAGCAAAGGAGGCGUAUCAUAGAAGAUCGGUUUAUGAUAGAGAAACAUAUAGAUAUACGCCUCUUCUUGCAUGGAUUUUAAUUCCCAAUGUUAUGGGAGUUCCAUAUUUUGGCAAAAUUUUAUUUAGUAUAUGUGAUAUGAUUGCAGGGUAUUUUAUAAGGAAUAUUAUGAUAUGGCAAGGAUAUUCAAUGAAAAGAGCUAAUAUAUAUGUGACGACAUGGUUGUGGAAUCCGGUUGUUGCUGUAAUUAGUACGCGUGGAAAUGCGGAAAGUAUGAUUGGUACAGGUGUUCUUUUAUGUUUAUGGAUGGCACUUUUAAAACGACCUUUUCUGACGGGAUGUUUAUUUGGGCUUAUUGUUCAUCUUAAAUUAUAUACAAUUAUUUAUGUAUUUUCUUUUUUAUGGAUAAUGGAUAACAAAUAUGAAGGAAAAGUAAUGUUAAAGGGUAUUUUAAAUUGGAUAACUUAUUCACGUGUGUAUUUUAUUAUAGCAACUCUACUUUCAUCGGUUUUGUUAAAUGGGAUAAUGUAUAAAAUUUAUGGCAUGCCAUUUUUAGAACAUACUUAUUUUUAUCAUUUUAUUCGAACAGAUCAUCGACACAAUUUUUCUCCAUAUCAUUUAUGGCUUUAUUAUGCUUCUUCUCCAGUUAAAUCAUCUUUUCAUAUUCCAAUCUCUUUUAUUUCAUUUAUACCACAAAUGUUACUAUCGAUGUGUUUAAUUCCUAUUGCAUUUUCUAAGAAAAAUCUUCCUGUGACUAUAUUUUGUCAGACAUUUGCAUUUGUGACCUUUAACAAAGUAUGCACUAGUCAGUAUUUUAUGUGGUAUCUUAUAUUGCUUCCUUUUUUUCUUCCACUUCUUAAUGUUUCUUCUGGUUUGUUAAUGGCUUUCUUUUGGUGUUUUGGACAAGCUUUAUGGCUUUUUUUUGCUUAUCGCCUUGAAUUCCUAGGAAUAAAUGUAUUUUUCCCUUAUUUAUGGCUUUCUGGUCUUUUAUUUUUUGUCAUUAAUAUAUGGAUUUUGGGUUGCAUUAUUGAUCGUCUUUCACAUAAGGUUAUAUUAGAUAAAUGUAUGUUUUUAUCUAUGUUUUAUAGAUCAUUUCUUAUUUUUCUAGAAUUUAAUAAAAGGAAAUACUGUCUUUCAGAAAAUAAAGAUAUCACAAAACAAUUAAACUUGUAUAUCUAUAUCUAUAUAUAUAUAUAA